CACCUCCGCCUCUACCGCCGCAGCCCUUACCACAAGCAGCAUUCCACCGCAGCUCAGCGCUGCUGGAUACAGCUCAGCGCAGCUUCGGAGCGUCACCUGCGCAGCCUAUCCGGCUUGCUCUCGCCCUCGCAGCCACUCCCGCUCUCCGAGCCGCGAAGUGGAGCAGCCGCCGCAGCUGCGCCCGAGAUGACCGACAUGCUCGAUGCGCUCUCCAACAGCGGCUCGCUGCCCUCGCCGACCACGCCGCGGCCCAGCAUGGGGCGCAACGCCUAUCUGAGCGCCGCCGGCUCCAGCUCCGGGCCCAGCGCCGGCGCCUCGAAUGGCGAGCGCAACGGCGACUCGCUCGGCCUGCCGCCAGCCGCGGCCUUUGCUGGCUCCUCGGCAGGCGCAAGCAGCGGGAGCAGUGGCAUGCAAAUGUCGGCUUCGAGCCCGGGGGUCCUGAGUAGGGCACUGCCCGAGCUGGAAGGAGAAGAGGGCGGGCAAAGCGCGGAAGAGCAACGAGAGGGACAGGAGGGUCAGGAACAGGAGGCUGGCGGCACCCGAGAGGCUUGGAAGGCUAGACGGAAAGUGUUACUGGCCCAAUCUCGCGACCACGUCGUAGCCAAUCUCCAACUGCACGGCAUGCGACCUCCGCCUUCGCUCGCACCUUCCUUCGUCGUGCCCCAUCUCAACGCCUCCUCUUCCUCCUCGCAAGUCUCUGACGCCGGUCCCGCCGCGCGCAGCGCCAUCCUCCCGUGGAACGACCCACGGCUGCGAGACGAUGUGCUGAGGCUGAUCGACCAGUUCCUGGCGGAGGAGGGUCUGGGUGCGACUCGACAGAUGCUCUCUGAAGAGUGGAGCGGCAAAGUGAGGGAACGAGAGGAGAAGAGUGGAGAUGCCAGAACGAUCCGCAAGGGCAUUCUAGAGGGCGCGUGGGAUGAAGUCGAGAAGCUCCUCUCCAAGCCUCUGGUGCGCAGUGCAAACGCCUUUCGCUAUGCCGUGUACAAGCAGAUCUUCCUCGAGCUCGUCGAUGGAAGAGAAUUUCAAAAGGCGUUCACAUUCCUCAAUAAGCGACUGAGAGGCUUGGAGCACUAUCAACCUUACGCUGGAGAGUUCAAGGAUCUCUGCUAUCUUCUCUCCGCCAAGUCGAUCACCGAUGCGCCUUCUUUCCGGGCGUGGGAAGGCGUGCAACCGGCACGCGAAGCACUCGUGGCGCAGUUCAGUGGCCUGCUAGAGCAAGAUCGCAUUGAGGCAGCGGACGAUAGUGCGCCUUACGUGCCGCCUCAUCGCUUGAGGAAUCUGCUGCACAUGGCCGUCGCGUACCAGGUCGAGUUUGCCAGAUACCAUCCGAGAAAGGCACCGCGAGUCAAUACGCUGCUGCAUGACUACGAGUCCUACGUCGUGCCCGACAGUGUGCUUCACACGUUCCGCGGACAUCGUCGCAACGUGAAGGCGCUGGCCUGGGUCGGCUCCGAAGGGCGCUCGCUCGUAUCUGGCUCUUCAGACGGCUCCGUGCGCAUAUGGGAUGCCGAGAGCGCCCGCUGCGAAGCAGUGCUCGAUCACGGCGGACGCGUGUGGGAUGUCGACGCCACCAUCGCCGGACAGCAUGUGCUGAGCGCCGGAGGAGACGGCACGGUGAAGCUGUGGGGACGCAGUGGAGAGCUGAAAGCUACGAUGGGCAGCGCGGUGGGGGAUGUGUAUGCCUGUCGGUGGAACCAGGCGGGCACGGCGAUCCUCACGGGAGGCUAUGACAAGCUGGUGCGCCUCUACGACGCACAGACGGCGGCUUUGACGUCGACUUUUACCGGGCACUCGCUUGGCAUCUCGAGCGUGACAUUCGACCCGGCCGGCCGACUGGCCAUCACUGCCUCAAAGGACACUGGCAUUCGACUGUGGGAUCUCAACAGCGGCCUUGCCGUGCGCACGCUUCACGCACACUUGGGCGAAGUCACCUCCGUCGAGGUGGACCAGACCUCGCGUACGCUCUUGUCGGCGGGCAAGGACAAUCAGAGUCUGCUGCACGACCUCCGCACUCUCAAGCCCCUGGUGCGCUUCAAGGGCGCGACCAACACGCGGUCCAGUGUACUUCGUCAAGUCGCACUUUGCACACAACUCGCUCAUCGCCUCGGGCAGCGAGUGUGGCAGUGUCUAUCUCUCCGACAUGGAGUCGGGCGAGGUCAUCCAGACGCUGGAACACGGUCCCGGCGUCGUGUAUUCGGCCAGGUGGUGCGCUGCUCAGGCGGCACUGGCGUCGUGCGGCGAUGAUGGAGUGCUGCGGACGUGGAUCUGGAAGCCGGAGAAGGAGGACGAGGAGAGCAGUCUGGAUCGCACACGCGCGGUGGCGGCUGCGGCUGCCGAACGACGAGGCAGUCGCUGACAGGUCGACGCAGGACGCGCUCUUGCUGAGCCGGAAAGGGGCAAAGAUACAAAUGGAAUUGCGUCACCGAUGGAGCUGUGCGAUGAGAGAUUUGAGAUGCUAAGCAGCGAGAGGCUGAUCGGAUCUC